AUGGGGGGCGUCCUGCGGACCCUGCGCCGCGUCAACGCCCACACCUGCCAGCGGCGGCGGGAGGUGCUCGACACGCGGCAGCCGCAGCGCGAGUUCCUCGGGCCGGACGGUUCCAUAGCAUACUUCAAGAAUGCGCAGGGUUAUGAGAUCGCAUCUUACUACUGGCCUGCCAAGACUGCCACCCCCAAAGGCAUCAUCAUCAUAGUGCACGGCCAGGGGGCAUACCUGGUUUAUGAGUACUGCCGUACUGUCGGCGUGGGCAACCCCAAGCGCUACGACGGCAGCUGGGUCCAGAUGAUGAACGACGCCGGGUACAGCGUCGCGGGCAUUGACAACCAGGGCACCGGCCGCAGCGGCGGCCUGUUUGGAUAUGUGGAAGACUUCCGCCACUUUGUCGACGACCUGCUGCAGCUGUGCAAGACGCUUCAGGCCUCGGGGGCGCCCCAGGGCUUCGGGCCCGGGCUGCCGCUGUUCGGGCUGGGCGCGUCGCUGGGCGGCUGCAUUGCUCUGCAGGCGUCGAUGCGGCAGCCGUCCCUGUUCCAGGGCCUGGUGCUGCUGGCGCCGAUGCUGUCGCUGGAGCGCGUCAAGCGGAGGGGCGCAAACUGGCUGCUGCUGCCCAUCAGCCACGUGCUGAGCGCGCUGGUGCCCACCUGGCCGAUCGUGGCCACCCCGAAGAACCACACGUACCCAGAGCUCCAGGCCGACUGGGACACGGACCCAGUGUCUUACCACUACCCCACGCGCGUGCGCAUCGCGUGCCAGCUGCUGGCCGCCUGCGACUGGCUGGCGCCGCGCAUGGAGAGCGUGUCGACGCCCCUCAUCAUCUUCCACUCGGAGAACGACACCAUGACAGACCCUGACGGCUCAAAGGAGCUGUACGCGCGCGCCCAGGUGAAGGACAAGACGCUGCGGCUGGUCAACACCUUCUGGCACAUCCUGCCCAAGGAGCCCAGCAACGAGGCCGUCCUCUCGGAGGUGCUCUCCUGGAUGAACGCACGCCUCGCGCCGCGCCCCGCGCCCGUCAAGGCGCUCGCCGCGGCGGCGCGCUGA